CUCGAGUUGAUUUUUGGCAAUGUCAAUUUGUACCAAAAACAGGAUAUCGCAGUCUGUUCAUAAUCGACUCACAUUUUAACCAAAGUUUCGACGAAGAGCAACGUUGACGAUUGAGCAUGGCUUGUCAAAUUUACCCCUGAUACAUCUCAACUCAACUCAAUUGCAACCCAUGCCAGCGAAACAACGAUGGAGUCUCCGUUUCCCAAGUCAUAUUCGGUAGCCGGCGAGGGCGAGAUCGUAGCCCAGCUCUUGCCCAACGGCCUGUCAGGUCUCAAGGGAAUGUCAUACCAGUACCCUCUGAAACUCAUCUCUCCGACACCAGCAGCCGACCAGAAAAGCGUUCUAGUGUUUCUGUUAUCCUACGGUGGCGGACUUGUUGGGGGCGACAGCGUCAAUCUCUCUAUCCGCACUCUGCCGGGAUCAAAACUCAGUGUUGUCACACAGGGUCAUACAAAGAUUUUCAAGUCUGCGUCUCCCGACAUCGUUACACGCCAAACGCUGAGUGUUCAUAUAGAAGACGGUUCCGGCAUCUGCCAGUUGCCAGAUCCAGUCCAGCCAUUUGAUGGAAGCGUUUACGAGCAGACUCAGAUAUUCACAGUGGCUCCCAACGCGUCCCUGUGUCUACUAGACUGGGUGACCCAAGGCAGAACGGCGCGCGGUGAGGACUGGAGCUUUGUCAAAUGGACAGGACGGAAUGAAAUCUGGCUGGAAAAAGAAACGCCCGGCCAAAAGAACCGUUUGCUGGUGCGAGACACAGUCAUCUUGGACAGAGACAGCCAAGUCCUAGUAGGGAGAUCGCUACGAGACUCUAUGCAUGGAAACGGCCUCUUUGGAACUUUGAUCUUGAGAGGGCCCCAGAUGCAGACAUUAGGCAACUUCUUCCUCGAGGAGUUUGCGAAGGAAGAAAGCAACUUGACUGAGCAUGAACUAUGGAGGCUGAAACGUAUAGAGAUGGAGAAGAAGGAUGAAAUCUUGUGGUCGGCAGCGAGGGUCCGGGGAUGUGUCAUUGUGAAGUUUGGAGCAAGUACGGUUGAGGCUGGUCGGCUAUGGAUUGGGAUCAUGCUGAGUCGAGAAGGCACAGUUGCCAGAGUAUAUGGGGAGCCAUCGCUGAUGUGUGUAAAAUGA